UCGUCUAUCGCCUUGAGCCGAUCUUCCAAUGGACGUUCUGAGUAGGUGUAAUCGUUCUCCGACUCUCGCACUCUUGUCUGACCAACAAUUCUGCUUCCGCGCGUGCAAUCCUGCUCGUAGGCAAGCUCCCACCUGGUGCCAGCAUAUGAGAUCGACUGCGCAUCGAACAUGCCCGCCAACUACGACGCUCGAGUCUUCAACCCACAGCGGCCCGACCUAGGCCAGCCGUCUUCGUCCAACUGCCAGAUGACUGCGAAGGCGUUGCAGACGAGCGUGCUUUCUGCGUCUACUACUAGUUCUGGUGCCAUUCGGUUCUCGUACUAAUAGUCGAUCCAGCUCCAAUUCCGCGUCCAUGUCUUUUGAAGCUUACUUCGUUUUCUCCAUGGCCAUAUUCUUGUAGACAGCUUUUCAUUGAC